CACUCAGAAAAUGUCUACUCACGGUCCUCCUCUGUUCAUUGCAGGCUGAUACCGCCACCAGCUUCCUGCGUGCAGCUCGUUCAGGGAACCUGGACAAGGCUCUGGAUCACAUCAAGAACGGGAUCGACAUCAACACAUCUAAUCAAAAUGGUCUCAACGGGUUACAUCUGGCCUCCAAAGAAGGUCAUGUCAAAAUGGUGCUGGAGCUGCUACAUUCUGGCAUUGAGCUUGAAGCCACCACCAAGAAAGGGAACACAGCUCUUCAUAUCGCAGCACUGGCAGGGCAGGAGAAAGUGGUGGCUGAGCUUGUCAACUAUGGUGCCAACGUUAAUGCCCAGUCACAUAAAGGAUUCAGUCCUCUUUACAUGGCAGCACAGGAGAACCACUUAGAGGUGGUCAAGUUCUUGCUCGAGAAUGGUGCCAAUCAGAGUCUCCCAACUGAGGAUGGCUUCACUCCUCUGGCAGUAGCACUACAGCAGGGCCAUGAAAACGUUGUGGCACUUCUCAUAAACUAUGGCACGAAGGGCAAGGUCCGCCUCCCUGCGCUGCACAUCGCUGCUCGAAACGAUGACACGCGCACAGCUGCAGUGCUCCUGCAAAACGACCCAAACGCUGAUGUUCUCAGCAAGACUGGUUUCACGCCUCUCCAUAUUGCAGCCCACUAUGAGAAUAUGAGUGUUGCUCAGCUGCUGCUGAACAGAGGAGCCAAUGUAAACUUCACCCCCAAGAAUGGCAUCACCCCCCUUCAUAUAGCUUCCAGGAGGGGAAAUGUGAUGAUGGUCAGACUACUGCUGGACAGAGGAGCACAGAUUGAUGCCAAAACUAAGGAUGAGCUGACUCCUCUUCACUGUGCAGCCAGGAAUGGCCAUGUUCGUAUCAUUGAGAUCCUGCUGGAACACGGGGCUCCCAUCCAGGCUAAAACCAAGAACGGUCUGUCCCCCAUCCACAUGUCAGCUCAGGGGGAUCACAUGGACUGCGUCAGGCAGCUACUGCAGUACAACGCUGAGAUUGAUGACAUCACGCUGGACCAUUUGACCCCUCUUCAUGUAGCAGCCCACUGUGGUCACCAUCGGAUGGCCAAGGUCCUUCUGGACAAGGGGGCUAAAGCCAAUGCACGUGCUCUGAACGGCUUCACACCUCUCCAUAUUGCUUGCAAGAAGAACCACAUGCGGUCCAUGGACCUGCUGCUUAAGCACUCCGCUUCACUCGAAGCUGUCACAGAGUCUGGACUCACUCCUCUUCAUGUAGCAGCUUUCAUGGGCCACUUGAACAUAGUAAAGAACCUGCUCCAGAGAGGGGCUUCACCUAAUGCUUCCAAUGUGAAAGUGGAGACUCCCCUCCACAUGGCCUCCAGAGCUGGCCACUGUGAAGUUGCUCAGUUUCUGCUGCAGAACGCAGCGCAGGUGGACGCCAGGGCUAAGGAUGACCAGACACCCUUACACUGUGCAGCCCGCAUGGGCCACAAGGAGCUUGUCAAGCUUCUCCUUGAGCACAAAGCCAACCCAGACUCAGCUACAACUGCAGGCCACACACCUCUUCACAUCUCUGCACGUGAGGGACAUAUCCACACUAUUAGGAUCAUGUUGGAUGCUGGAGCACAGCAGAUAAAGAUGACAAAGAAAGGCUUCACUCCUCUUCAUGUAGCCUCUAAAUAUGGGAAGGUGGACGUUGCUGAGCUCCUUCUGGAGAGAGGAGCCAACCCAAAUGCAGCUGGGAAGAACGGUCUGACACCCCUUCAUGUGGCCGUCCAUCACAACAACCUGGAUGUUGUUAAACUGCUGGUCAGCAAGGGAGGAUCUGCACACAGCACUGCCAGAAAUGGCUACACUGCGCUGCACAUAGCGGCCAAGCAGAACCAGGUGGAGGUGGCCAGUUGUCUGCUUCAAAAUGGCGCAACACCCAAUUCAGAAUCCCUCCAAGGCAUCACGCCCCUACACCUGGCUUCUCAGGAGGGGCGGCCUGACAUAGUGGCCCUGCUCAUCGCCAAGCAGGCCAACGUAAAUCUGGGAAACAAGAACGGGUUGACCCCUCUGCAUCUUGUAGCUCAGGAAGGGCAUGUUGGAAUAGCUGACACAUUGGUCAAACAAGGAGCCUCAGUUUAUGCUGCAUCACGAAUGGGCUACACACCCCUUCAUGUGGCCUGUCACUAUGGCAACAUCAAGAUGGUGAAGUUCCUUCUGCAGCAGCAGGUUCAUGUGAAUAGCAAGACCAGGAUGGGCUACACCCCUCUGCACCAGGCAGCUCAGCAGGGUCACACCGACAUCGUCACCCUAUUGUUGAAACAUGGAGCCGAACCCAAUGAGAUCACUUCGAAUGGGACAUCUCCCCUCGGUAUUGCUAAGCGGCUGGGUUAUAUCUCUGUCAUUGACGUGCUGAAGCUGGUUACCGAGGAGUCCGUCUCCGCGAUCACCACAGAGAAGCAUCGGAUGAGUUUUCCUGAGACCGUAGAUGAGAUUUUGGAUGUUUCAGAGGAUGAAGGGGUUGCCCAGCUAACGUUAGGAGACGAGUUGCUCGGGAUGGAUGGCGCACGCUAUUUGAAGCUUGACGACUUCAAGGACCAGGACGAUGACUUCCUUUCUCCAAAAAAAACCCUCAGAGACUUUGAGGGUGGCAUGGGUACCACACCUUAUUCUCCCGCAAUACCCAGGAUCCCCUGCGUGUCCCCAGAGACUGUACUUUUGGAUCAGCACACUCCAGUCCCGUUGCCAAAGGAAUAUGAUGAUGACUCUCUAAUCCCAAGUAGUCCGGCUACAGAGACUUCAGAUAAUGUCAGCCCUGUGGCCAGCCCUAUUCACACCGGCUUCCUGGUGAGUUUCAUGGUGGAUGCUAGAGGAGGCUCCAUGAGAGGUAGCAGACACCACGGCCUGAGAGUCAUCAUUCCUCCUCGAACCUGCACUGCCCCAACGCGCAUUACCUGCCGUCUGGUUAAACCUCAGAAACUGACCACACCACCCCCCCUGGUGGAGGGAGAGGGGCUUGCAAGCCGUAUCAUCUCUCUUGGGCCAUCCAGUAUGCAGUUCCUUGGGCCUGUCAUAGUGGAAAUUCCCCACUUUGCCUCGCUGGGCCGAGGGGACAGAGAGCUGGUGGUCCUGCGCAGUGAAAAUGGCUCAGUCUGGAAAGAACACCGCAAUCGCUAUGGUGACGAAGUGCUGGAAACUAUUCUAAAUGGCAUGGACGAAGACUUAGAGAGUCAAGACGAGCUGGAGAAGAAGAGAAUCCGUCGGAUCAUCUCCACUGACUUCCCGCUCUACUUUGCUGUGGUCUCUCGCAUUCAGCAGGAGAGCGAUCUGAUUGGCCCAGAAGGCGGCAGGUUGACCAGUAAACUUGUGCCCCAUGUGGAUGCCAUCUUCCCUGAGACAGCUGUCACAAAGAGAGUGAGACUGGGACUGCAGGCGCAGCCCAUCCCAGAUGAGCUGCUGACUCGGCAGCUUGGCAACCAGGCGACCUUCAGCCCAGUGGUUACCAUUGAACCGCGCCGACGCAAAUUUCACCGUCCAAUCGGGUUGCGCAUCCCUUUGCCGCCCUCCUGGAGGGAGAGUCCUCGGGAUGCUGGGGAGGGUGAUACCACCAGCUUGCGGCUGCUCUGCAGUGUCAUCGGUGGAACAGCACCGGCUCAGUGGGAGGACAUCACUGGAACCACCAAGCUGAUGUAUGCCCACAACUGUGCAAACUUCACUACCAAUGUUUCUGCCAGAUUCUGGCUGGCAGACUGUCCUCGCACAGCAGAGGCAGUGACCUUUGCCAACUUGCUAUAUCGGGAGCUGAUGGCUGUUCCAUACAUGGCCAAGUUUGUGAUUUUUGCCAAGAUGAAUGAAGCUCGCGAGGGACGCUUGCGUUGUUAUUGCAUGACAGAUGACAAGAUGGACAAAACGCUGGAGCUGCAUGAAAACUUCACUGAAGUGGCCCGCAGUCGAGACAUUGAGCUGAUGGAGGGCAUGCCGCUGCACCUCGAGUGUUCUGGAAACCUAGUGCCGAUCAGGAAGGCCACCCAGCAGCCUCGCAGCUUCAGCUUCCAGGCCUUCAGAGAUAACAGGCUGCCCGUCUCUGUCAAGGUGAGAGAUAGUAACAAGGAUGCCAUCGGCUUUUUGUCCUUCCUGCGGAAAUGCACCAAGUACGAGGAUACACAGCAUGUACUGUGUAACCUUAACAUUACGAUGCCACCCUGCGUCAAGGUGGUUGGAAGUGAAGAGCGUCGGCGAACUUUAACACCCCUCGCCUUGAGGGAACGCUACAGUGCACUGAACGAGCCUGGUGUGGCUACAGUGAAUGCAAUGGAGAGGACUGAGAUAAAGAUCAACAUCAUAUCUGAACAGCUGGGUUUGAGCUGGGCAGAGUUGGCGCGUGAGCUUCAGUUUGGUGUGGAUGACAUCAAUAGAAUCCGUGUGGAGAAUCCCAACUCACUUCUGGACCAAAGCUCGGCCCUGCUCAGCCUGUGGGCCAGCAGAGAAGGCAAAAGGGCCAAGAUGGAAAGUCUGUACACUGCUCUGAAAAACAUUGACCGUGCAGACAUCGUCACAUCUCUGGAGGGUCAGGCUCCACAACCAGCACCAGGUUCUUUAGAAGAGGGUGCCUGUCGACUCAUCGACCGUGACUCCUCCCUGCUGUCGCCAAGCGUCAUCAAUGAGGUCACGGACACAAGGCUAUCGCGCCUAGUGCACAAGCCGCGAGUUAUUAGACCCCCAUUUUUCAGACGGGGUUAUGGGCUGGUGCAGGAGGAGCUGCUGUCCCCGGCCUCCAUGCAAUACAGCUUGCCAUCUCCGCUGGGCAUAGAGCCCUACUGGCAGGAAGUCUCAAGCCUUGAAUGUGCCCCAAUUGCUACCACAGAGGAAGACACAUUAAUGGAGAUGUCCGAUGUUCAGGUGUGGCCAGCAGGGGUCAGUCCCUCGCUGGUCACAGUGGAGGACUCGUCACUGGAUGGCAGUAGUCGAGCUGACGACUCAGAGGGAGCGACCCUAUCCCUGCCCUACAGCUUGGGUCGCCCGAGCAGCGGAGCCAGUGGGGCCAGCGGCUCCAUCAUGGAGCUGGAGGAGGAAGAGGAGGAGGAGGAGGAGGAAGUGGAGGUUGAGGAGGAGGAGGCGCCACAGGAGCCAGCAACAGCCCUGGCAGAAAGGGACAGGGUGCGAGCCAGUGGCGCUGUUCCCAAGGUCAACCUUAAUGGCCAGUUGGGAGGUCAGAGGUCGGAAAGAAGGAGAGGAGAGGCCCUUUCUGCAGGAGGAGGGGCUAAAGGGGGAGGUGAAAUUCUGGGGCUGGGUUCAGUGGAAGGAAUUUCUGUUGUUGCAGGCCAGCAGGUGUAUGCUCAACGAUGUGAGAUUUCGGGACUGGGUCGGCCUUCAGAGCACAAUGGAGAAAACCGUAUGGUGGGCGGUGGAGCAUUUCAACCUUACUUACCAGACAAGGAUUCCCUGCAGGGAUGGGUGGGCUCAGUGUCAUCAGGACGUGACGGCAGCAUGCCAGGCUUGCGAGUGGCCCAGGAGGCUCUGCUGACUCCGAGAGAGGAGAAAGAGGACUUUGUUGCUGAGGCACAGUUUGCUUCUGAACAGGGCAAGAUGCUCGCUCGAAAGGUGGGGGUGGAUGUGAGAAAGGGUUCUCAGUCAGUGCAGCGCACCAGUCUGCGGAGAGUUAAACACUGAAAUACAAAUACUACCCCAGUCCUCCAGGACCGGAAAGCCACUGCCAAACCAUCCUCCAAAAAAACACAACCAGACCGAAGAUGGAAAUGAACAAAGGAGUAGAGGAAGAGAGACACAAAGACUAAGAAGUGCAAACUACAAAGUGACAAAGACAGAAUAAUCCUCUAUGUGUGACCAUGGAGCACCACAAAAGAAAAGAGACAGGGGGGGGGGGAGGAGUUCAACUUGUAGUUUUAUAACAUUUGUAAAGAAAAACAUCAACUAAACUAUGGCAUGAAGAUUCUUUUUCUUUUUUACAAAAAAAACAUAAAUGUCAGUAAAACAACCAAGAAAAAAAAAAGCAACAAAAAAGUGCUUCCUGUGAACUGUUAUCGCAUGAUGACUGCUGGUGCAUGCCCUUUGACAUUUUGAACUGUCAUUAUCUUCAAACUGAAGGGGUACAAGGAGCGGGGGCUGGCCAACACUUUGGACACAUGUCGUUUAAGGACCUAAUCCCCACCCUCUAAAUAAAGUGGCAAGCAAGUUGAGUCCAAUAACACAAAGCCAAAAAAAAAAAAAAAAGUCCCCAAAAGGAUGGUUCUAUAUACAGCUAAGCCUCCAAUGCUUCUUUCACUGGAUCUUUUCCCUGAUUAUUCGCAAUGUGAUAUAUGCACUAUAUGCUACGUGGACAUGUGUCAGUGUGUGUAUGUGUGCGUAUGUGGGCGUGUAUUCUUCUCUACCGCAUGUGUUCCUUGCUUCUGGCUCUGUUCUGAUACACGGGUCACCACUGGCCUUUCCCCUGUGAUGUCAUGGCGUGCUCAGUGCUGGAAGGAGAAAGACGCAGCGCUCCCUUGCUUGUAAGUGUUCCUGUCCUGUGUGUGUUGAUGUCUUUUCUUUUGCGGAUAACGCUUGUUUCUUGUUCUUUGUUUUGUAUCUGAAACUGGUCCACCUUGGUGUUCAGCAGUGUUUAACCUCGGUAGGGACCUGAAGCUCUUUGAACCCUCGUGUUUUAUGGGGACAUGUGUUUUUUUGAGACAAUAGGGGAUGUGUUCUUUUGAAAGGGGUCAGCUGAUAGUUUGCUCUGUGCAGCAGCUUUACAACCACAAAAAUUUAACUCUUUCCUCCCUCGUGACCUUUUCUACCUUCUUCCAUCAAUUCUUCCAGUAGCACACUUCAUCUUGAUCCACAAUCUCUAUCAGUAGCCUCUGUCAAUAUGCAGUGAAAUCACAAGCCUCUCCAUUAGCAUUUAAAGCCUCCAACCGAUGACAAAAAAGAAAAAAAACAAGGUUUGCAUGUUCAAUCUCUUUAUCUGUUUGCAACGGCUAUACAGCCACAGUGUCAAAACUUCACCUGUAAGAAGUAGGGAAAUAUUAGAAGGGUCUGAUUUGUGUGAGGAUUGACUUCUUGUUAAAUGGUAGCCAGCGUAAAACAGCGUGAUGCCACCACAUAUGAAAGGAACUGUGCAGUGAGGACAGACAGCUAGCACUGUGAUCGUCUCGUUAUCACUGACCCCAAACUCGUGAACUGUCAAGACACACAGACAUUUAUACAAACCAACAAAAGCACAGUAUAUAUAUACAUACAUAAUCAGACGCCCAUUACGUCAUUAAGUAAUCAUGCUAGGUCAAAAUGUCAGAGGACAGUGAUUUUCGAAGUUUGCAACAGCAAUAAUACCUUAUGACAGCCACAAAAGAAGAAAGCUGCGGUUCUGUAUGUCUCUCCUAAGAAUGUGAAACUGAAAGGUGUAACUUGACUGAACUCCUGUGUGAACACAGAAACUCCAUCUGGAUGAGCAGCCGUCGUGUUGAUAUGGAGCUGCUGUACUGUAUCUAAAUGAUUCAAUCGACCUUGAUGAUGAUGCACCGAUGCGAGAUCAGAUGACUCAGCGGUAGCAGUGUGGAAGGCCUGAGACAGAUUGUUUAGGAUUUUUUUUUUCUGUUUUUUUUUUUUUUUUCAGCACCUAACGUAGCAAAAAUAUAAACCAGGAUAUGUUAACGUAUCACACUAAUAUCUAUUAAGAAGUGUGCUGCUGCUGUAAGGGGGAAACCACCUUAUUGCAUUGUCUUAUAUUGGGUAUAUAAGUUUGUUUUGAGUGUGUCAUAUUCAUAUCCUUGUAAACCGCCCCUCAUCACUUACUUUAUGCAUGAAACUGAUGGCAGCACUAUGAAGGGGUCAUAUCAUAGUAGCACACAUUUUUCUGGAAAAACACAAUAUUUAAGUACUGUAUAUGCUACUGUAGCCUGAAUGAGUGAGACACUGAAUGAAUGAAUGUAGUCAUUAGUCACACAUCACACAUGUGCACAUACUUGCCAUGCCCAAUCCGUGCACGAGAACCUCAUCAGAUAGAGCACAUGUUUAUUACAUAUCACAUGUUUUCCACUGUAACUCCACUCAGGUUUUCAGUUCUGCUCUGUCAGAAUCAAAAUUAUUAUUAUUAUUAUUUUAUUUUUAUUUUUUUAAGUUCCAAGUCCUCCUCUCAAAGACAAGCACGGGACAAGAAGUGGGUGCUUCAGAGUUCGGCUUUGGUUCCGGGGACAAUUAGGCAGUGUUUAGGGAUUCACGGGGGUGGGGGAGGGGUGGGUGGAGUGUGGAUGAGGCAGGAUGGUUUGUGUGUAAAUCUGUUAGUGAGUGAGUGAGCGAAUGUGCAUGUGGAGGUGUCCUGAUUAAAAUAAGACCAAAAAACGACAGAAAAUAAGUAAUAGUUAUCAACUAGAAUCUUAGCUUAGAGAGCUUCCAGGGAGGAUAAUUAACCACUGACAUUUAUCCUCAUUCAUUUGUUACUAGUGAUGAACAAAAAAGAAACUAAAACAUUUUGAGAAACAGAAUCUUCCUUAAAACAAAUGUAAAUAAAGCCAAACAAGACAGUUUAAUUUGAAGCAAAAUACAAGUUGAAAGUUCUCAAUUAAAGCUUCAAAGCCAGUCUUCCACAGUUGGAAUUCAAAAAGUAGACCCAGCUGUAAAAGUUACAAGGAAGACAGUAGUUGCAAAGACACAAACUGGUGUAGUGAUACAGUGCUAACAAAACAGAUGAGACAGGUGAGUCAGCUUUAUUGUUCUUACCAGCAUACGGUUUGUUAGAUUGUGCCUUAAAUAGGCACAGAACUUGGUCGUCUUUGUCCACCAAGGCCGUAGCCACCAGUAGACAUGUUUGGAGAAAGCUUUGAAAAAAAGUCUAUGAUGUGGGAGAUACAAUUUACUUCAAAUAUAACUAGAAAGUAUAUGUCUAGAAGUAUAUUAGAAUAGAACCCAUUUUACAUUGAGUCUAAUGAUGCAUUAAGCACUUUUACUUCCGUUGACUAUAAAAUGAUUCUUCCCUUUCCACUCCAAAGUGAAUCGUUACAAACAUUUGGAUUGGUGUACUGAAAUGAACUCUGUUGUCCUCCACCUUGAAGUGUGUGUAUGUUUGGAGUGUGCGUGGAUGUGUGUGUCCGUGUGUGCGGUGCUUGGUUCCAGACCUUGCUGGAUUAGGGGGAAGAAGAGAGAUUUGACCAGAAUGUGACUUGAGAGGAUGUGUAACCAACAAUGGUGUAUUUUAAGAAAGAGUAUUGUAAAAAAAAAAAAAGUAAGUGUUGCGAAGAAUAGAGAUCACCUAUACUCCUUUAGAAUGGAAACAUGACAAUGUAAACGCAAUAUCAUAUUACUCUAUCCUAAGGAAUGCAACUGCGCACAUGCACAAAAAAUGUUUUUAUGAAAAUAUAUGUAUAAAUAUAUGAAAAAAAUAUAUUUAAUUAGAAUGCUAUGCACCCUCAUAGAGUUGUUAUGGAUGUUCUUUAAGCAUUAUCUAGACUAGGCCAACGCCCACAUCAUGGGGAAUGUAGAGGCUUUGUAGCUAUGACCACUUGUUUUCUUUUCUUUUGUAUUGUCCUGGAGAGAGGAUAAACAAACGUGAAUAUGUAUACAAGCCUUUCAAUCAGAAUCAUUCUGACGUGAAGAUAUGUAUAGAUCAUCUUACCCUGUACACCAGCUCAAACCAUUUACAAGAAUUAAUAAACAAAGAUGUGACAUAA